AUGUUGGCGUUGGUGCUGUUCAACUUUCAAGAGAAGCCUACCGAGCGCUACGUCUCGAACGCAGACACGGCGGUUCAAUCACCACCUGAGGUGGAUGAUGGGUCCGACACGUCGUCCUCGAAUGGGGUCGACGACGACAAGAACAAGACCUUGUCACCUCCAUCUGCUAUGCGCAUCGCCAGCGGGUCCAGCACGUACGUUGCACAGGGGGACUUUGCGUACCCAGAGUAUUGUCAGACGACGAUCAAUGCCGACUCCCAGGUCUAUGCCGCAGUCAAUGCACCGCAUGCCUCCUCCUCCAGCAACAUGAUAGAGAGUGAUUACCCACCAUCGGGCCAUUACCUUGCCGGGACCUACGCGAACAUGGUCGAUCCUGGCUCGCUGCACUCUCCUUACACCAUCAACCCACUCUUAGGGACGUCCAAUCCGUCGGAACGGGUGCCCGAGACGUUUACGGGACCCUCCGUCUCGGAUGAUGCACAGGGACACUCACCUGCGGAAUGGCACGGUACAACUUAUCAAGGACUCACCCAGUCGCCGCCGACAUGGUAUGACUAUCCGGGCCCUUCUCUUGCUAUUGGAGAAGAUGUAUCGUCAAUACAAACUCCAGAGAUGCCGCCGUUUCCCGACGCAUCGUUCACUCACCGAAUGGGCCAUGACUGCGGUCAGAUGGCUGUCGCUCCUCCGGCGAUGCAGUGGUCUCGUAGCUUCCCGAGCGAUGGACACUACCGGGUACAGGCUUCCAUCCCGAGUUCUUCUCUUCUUCACCAAUCAUCGGGGCGUCCCGGCCAACGAUCGCAGGGGCCAGAUUUCGAGAGCGCACCGGAACCCUCCGAGGCGGGCGCUCGCUCACAGUCCGCUGGGGGCAUUAUAUCCCGGUCAUUCUCAUUGAAUGGUCUUCCUCCAUGUGAUGGAGACCAGGAGCGCGAAGGUAUGGCGCCCCUCGAGAAGCCGACGGUUCUCAUGCCCGGAGCCUGGAUGCCUAUUGAGCUAUACGACGAAGCGGAACCUCGAAGGUAG